AUGGAGAUUAAUGCUCUGGCACGGGAAGCACUUAUUAACGCUGAUGGGACAAUUGAGAGCUCAUGCGCACCAGGAAAGUAUUCCAUAGAGAUUAGUUCCGCUGCUUAUGAUCUUGAAUGGCGGUUUGACAUGCAGCUAUGGGUGACCGACUAUGUCAACCAUUAUUACCCUGAACCAAGUCUUGUGAAGUCAGAUGAAGAGCUGCAGGCAUGGUGGAAAGAGAUUAGAACAGCUGGUCAUGCUGACAAAAAAGAUGAGCCAUGGUGGCCAGUUCUCAAAACCCCAAGAGACCUCAUUGGAAUCCUCAGCCCAAUCAUAUGGGUAACUUCUGGUCACCAUGCAGCAGUGAACUUUGGGCAAUAUGUUUACGGGGGAUAUUUCCCAAAUAGGCCUACAAUUACAAGGACUAAAAUGCCCACAGAGGACCCUUCAGAAGAUGAGUAG